CAUUUAAGCGCUAUUUAUUAAUUUGUUUCCUCUCGACUGCUGUCGUCUCCUCGGAGCAGCGGGAAAACAGCGGAGCGACGGGGGAGGAAGACUAACUCUAGUAGAGUGUGAGUUGAAGUUCAGCUUCAAAUUGGGAUUUUAGGGUUUUGGAACCCCCGGUUGGUGACCUGUAAAUCUGACGUCGAUUGUCUGGCCUCAUGAUGCAAAGGGCCCGCAGCGUCCGGCAUGGCGAAACUGAGAGCACUUAAUCCCAGAGGAAAGUGCUGGAUAAAGAUUGGGGGUACGAGAAGGGAUGAUCUUUUGUCAGGUGCUGGUCCUGGUCGGGUUGUUGAGGUUGUUCAAAAGAUGAUGGAGGAAUAAAGUAUUUUGAGAGAGGAGAUGGCUUUCAGAACUUGUAUUCCUUUUAGGGCCCCAUCAGCAUAAACUCCUCAUCAACUGAGUUUGCUAGUUCUGCAAGGAUGGAAAUAUAUGAACCAAAAAACCAUAGUGGCAUGUGGGGAGACUCCUUUAAAGCCGAUAGCAGUCAGAACACAUGUCUAUCCGCAAUUGUAGAAGCUGAUGGUAGAAACAAAAAUAGGGUGAGAUGUGAAGAUUUUAAGUUCAGUAAUUAUACUCCUCGAGAUACUGUUGGUACCAGGGUGUUCAAUCAGGAAGCAAACAAACCUUCAGACAAGGUUUUAAGACGCCUUGCACAAAAUCGAGAGGCAGCUCGGAAAAGUCGCCUUCGAAAAAAGGCUUAUGUUCAACAACUAGAAAGCAGUCGCAUAAAACUUGCUCAAGUUGAACAGGAGCUUGAGACAACUAAACAACAGGGUAUGUAUGUUGGUGGGCAUACGGGAGAUUCUACUCUUGCUGGUUUCUCUGGGACAAUUAAUCCAGGAGUGACUGCUUUUGAGAUGGAAUAUGGACAUUGGGUUGAAGAACAAAAUAGGCAGAUAUGUGAGCUUAGGGCUGCUCUACAAACACAUGUAUCUGAAAUAGAACUUCAGAUGCUUGUAGACACUGGAAUGAACCAUUAUUUUGAUCUCUUUCGCAUAAAAGCAAUUGCAGCAAAAUCUGAUGUCUUCUAUCUCAUGUCUGGCUUGUGGAGGACAGCAUCAGAGCGUUUUUUUCUGUGGAUUGGAGGAUUUCGUCCUUCAGAACUUUUAAAGGUUCUUACUCCUCAGCUUGAACCUUUAACGGAGCAGCAAGUUGUUGCUGUAUGUAACCUGCAACAAUCAUCUCAGCAAGCUGAAGAUGCUCUUUCACAAGGAUUGGAUAAACUUCAACAAACGCUUUCUGAGGUUCUGACAACAGAACCCUUGGGCUCAUCAGGUGUGGAGAAUUAUAUGGGGCGUAUGGCAAAUGCGAUGGGUCAGUUGGAAGCCCUAGCAGGCUUUGUGAACCAGGCUGAUCAUCUGCGACAACAGACAAUGCAGCAAAUGUACAAGAUUUUGACAAUUCGACAGGCGGCUCGUGGAUUGCUUGCGUUGGGCGAUUAUUUCCAACGGCUCCGUGCAUUGAGCUCGCUGUGGGAAGCUCGGCCUCGCGAGCCAGCUUAGUAAUGAACAAAAUAAUACUACAAAGGUGGCAAUUACAUACACCUUCAAAUGGGAAAGAAAGAAAAAAGUAAAUAUUGUAAAAUAGAAAUUCAAUUCUUCCCAUGCAAAGCAAAGUAUCAGGCAUGCUUGAACUGCUGCAGAUUGCUGUGCAGUGUAUGAUAUGAUUCUGGAGGUGGAGUUGUUGAAGGUAAUAUUAGGUUAGGAACCUGUAAACAAGAAGGCGAGUCAAUUGUUAUGAUGUUGUAAAUUAGUGUUAAGUGUCGUUAGUUUAUUUAGAUGAUAUUUGCAGAUUGUUUCAGUUGUUUUGAUGCUACUUGUGCUUUGAUGUAUAGCUGGAAGUCUCUGUUUCAAUAAGCGAUUAGCUGUAACUGGAGAACAGAACUACAAACAUUCAGAGUGAAUUGCUGUGAUGGAAUAAGUAAAUGAAGACUCUAUUUACUACAGUAUUUGCAGGUUGGUCA